AUGUUGAGAGAUAUGAAGAGGAAUAAUCAAGUUUAUAUUAGCAGUAAUAACUGCACAGUUAAAAAAAAGGCAGAUCCAACUGCUUGUGUCUUUGUAGCAAGCUUAAAUAGGAACAUACCAGAUAAUGAAUUAAAUAGAUCUGUAUUUGAUCUAUUUAGACAGUACGGAAGAUUAUUAAAUGUUAAAACAUUGAGAGAUUGGAUGGGCAGACCUUAUGCCUUUGUACAGUUUGAAAAUGUACAAGAGUCCAAGAAGGCACUAAAGGAAUGUCAAGGCAUUGUAUUACACGGAAGACAUAUUCGCUGUGAACCAGCUCGAGUUAAUAGAACCCUUUGUUUGAUCUCAUUACAUUUACAAUUUGAUGAGCAUUACUUACGAUCAAAACUAAGUGUCUUUGGUGACAUUGAAGAUGUUAUUGUAACACAGCAUCCUAACUUUCAUGCAGCCUUUAUUCAGUUUCAGUAUCGAGAUGAUGCUAUUCAUGCCUAUUCGACCUUGAAGAAUACAGAAUAUCAGCACCCUUGGCUUGUUCAUUGGAGUUCAAAUGUUGACAUGAAUAAUAUAUCAAAUAUGAUGACAGAUCAGCGAUUUAUUGAUAAGCAUUGUAUUUAUGUGGGAAAUUUAAAUGAGUCAGUCAAUGAAGAAAGUCUUAUUCAAUUGUUUAAUCAAUAUGGUACUAUUGUUCAUACCCGUAUUGUAAGGAAAUGUCGUGGCAAUGAUAAGCAUAUAUUUGCCUUUAUAAAAUUUCAACAUGAAUCUGAAGCUGCAAAUGCUAUACAAAAUGAAAAUGGAAGAGUAUGGAAUCAUAAUCAACUCUAUGUAUGUUACCGCAAGUAUUCUUUUACUCAAACCAUCAGCAUAGCUCAACAAUCUCGUCUGAAUACAAUGUUUGUUAAUCCUUACUACUAUUUGCCUACUAGUCCAGUUGAUACAUCAACUUCUUAUGAUUAUUAUUAUUCACCCCAUGGAUAUUAUCUUGAUAUCUAUUCGCCUAUUCAUUACGUCUAUUUGCCUCAAUAUUAA